AUGGACCCAGAAGAAUUGUACACCAAGCAGAAUUGCAUUGGAGGCGGUAGUUUUGGCAAAGUAUACAAGGGCGUUGACAAGCGAACUGGGCACGCCGUGGCAAUCAAGAUUAUAGAUGUCGAGAACGCUGAAGAUGAGGUCGAGGACAUUAUACAAGAAAUAUCCAUACUUUCGGAGUUGCAGUCUCCUUAUGUCACCAAGUAUCAUGGCUCUUUUUUGAAAGGCUCUGAUCUAUGGAUCAUCAUGGAGUUUUGCUCAGGCGGUAGCUGUUCAGAUCUCAUGAGACCAGGCAUGAUCCACGAAGACUACAUCUGUAUCAUCCUUCGAGAAUUGCUGAUGGGACUCGAAUACCUACAUGGCGACAAGAAACUGCAUCGGGAUAUCAAAGCGGCCAAUGUUCUUUUGGGGCAGAAUGGGCAGGUCAAGCUUGCGGACUUUGGUGUCUCUGGACAACUGUCAGCCACUAUGACCAAGAAAAAUACCUUUGUCGGGACCCCAUUCUGGAUGGCGCCAGAGGUCAUCAAACAGUCUGGCUAUGAUCACAAGGCUGACAUUUGGUCUCUUGGUAUCACAGCCAUCGAGCUGGCUCAAGGGGAGCCUCCAUAUGCCGACAUUCAUCCCAUGAAGGUUCUCUUCCUGAUCCCCAAAAACCCACCACCAACUCUACAAGGGAGCUUUUCUCGUACAUUUAAGGACUUCGUUGAAUUGUGCCUCAGGAGGGACCCUCGAGAACGGCCAUCGGCGAAAGAAUUGCUGAAGCACCCUUUCAUACGGAAGGCGAAGAAAACAACGUAUCUGACUGAGCUAAUCGAACGCAAUGAAAGAUACAUUGCAACUCACGGCAGCAGAUCUUCAGAUGAUGAGGAUGAAGACGAGGUACCCGCCCAACAGUCUCAUGCCUCAGAGAAUGAAGAUCUCUGGGACUUUGGAACCGUUCGACCUGUGGGUGGUCGAGGAGCUGGACUUCGCCCAAUGAAUGACUCUGACGCUAACGCGAGAGCGUCUGCGGAGCCACCAGCUUCGAGAAACAAGGGUGAAUGGGACGAGACUGUCAAAGUUCCCUCGUCUCCGCAAAAGUCUCCUGUUAAGGGGGCGUUCCCUACUCCGGCGAAAGCUCCCUUGCCACCUUCACCAACCAGGGAAACGAGUUCUAGCGGAGCUCCAGUCCCCUCUCAGCUAUCUACCCCUGCUAUCCCACCGAAAAGCUCGACUCCUUUGUCUGUGCCGCAGACACCGGCCAAUCCAGUUAAGACUCAGGUCUCUACGUCACAAGAACACAAAGACAGCCCUGACUCCAACGAAUAUAACAAAGCGUUUCAGGCUCAACUAGCCAAGGACAUGGCAUUUCUGAAGAUCGAUGGUUCAGACAGCCCUACUUCGCAAGGGUCAACUCCACGCAACAAGAAGCCUCACAUGGUCAUUCCAGAGAUUCCGCCCUUCAGAGGUAAGCCAGGGAGAGGAGAGCCUCUCAACCCCGCAAAACCAGCGGCACCAUUGACGACGGUUGCCCAGCAGCCUCUGCCCUCCUUUUCAACCAAAGACUUGGCACCCGUACCAGGAUCACAACUUGGUAUAUCAUCGACUGAUCAACCACCGUCACAACCCUUGACGAGUAAGACGAAUAAGCCAACACCUCUAACGCAACCAACUUCGGGAGGUCCCUCUCAUCAGCAUUCGAAAGAGGACCCGAACGACGAGCUUACUGCUCUCAAUUCUGUGAUUGUUCCAGCACUUGAGGCUGCAAUCCAUCGUCGAAGCUACAUGCUGAAGGAGCUUAGUCGGACCAGACAGCAAGGAUCGCCUGCAGCAGCUGAAAUCCAGCAUCAGAGGGUGCAGACCCACGAGAAAGUACGACGCUUGGCCGCAAAAGCCGCAGCUAUCUUUCAAGAGAUCCAACGUUGUGAUGAAGAAUUCCCUGUUGGCAUGAGUGGCGGUGUAACAGAGUUCUUGGAAGGCUUUCUAGAAGAAAUUCUGGUGCGAGUCGAGGCGGCAGAGGAGCCAGAGAGUCCCAAGAAGGUCUAA